GAGAAAGCCCUGUUCGAUCAAACCCCAAGUUUCGAGGUCAGUUCUUCACUCGUUCUUCGCUUUACUAGCAUACUUCGCUUUUCUCCCUUAGAUCUUGUGUUAGAGGUCUUAGGAGCCUUCGGUAGGAACAUUUAGGUAGUCCCCCUCAGCCAUACUUCUCCUACUCUCCCUUCAGAAUCAUGUCUUCGCAAAGCGAUUCCCAAGAUAUCUCGGGGGAGCCGUCGGCACAACAGGGAAGCUACUCGGACGUGGAGUCCUCGAGUGCGCAAUCCUCGGCGAACAACGAUUCAGCGGUUGCCGAGGAAGUUCAAAAUAACCUUCGCACCGAGCUGGAGGCGGAGGAGUUCGAGCAGGUUGUCGAAGAUGAAGAAAUGGCCCUCGCCCUUCAAGUAGCUGAGGAAGAAGAAGAGAAGGAGAGACAAGAGGUCACAAUUGCUGUCCUCCCGCUCCGUGGUGCCGGCGAGGCGAGCACCUCCCGGCCACUAGAUCCAGAACCCCUCAGCGUUGCCGUGGGGAAUAAGAGGAAGAAGGCGAAGGCUUCUCAGAAGAAGAAGCAACCUGCCGCAGAUUGUGGGAAGCCCGUGGGGAUCCCCGAGGGACACUCUUGGCUGAAUACAGCCGCCCUCGCGCUUAGGUCGAGGGCUGACCGGGCAGAGUGCUACGUUACUCAGCUGCAUGUGGGCCCCUCGGCGGAGGUGAUUGAAGCGGGGCCCAACGAUCUCCUCUCCCAGGCUCCCGAAGGAUGUUUCGCCGUCCAUGUGCUGUCGGUAUCCAUGGGCCUCCGGUUCCCGCUGCACCCUUUCCUUCUCGAAUAUCUGAGAUACGUGGGUUUAGCCCCUUGUCAGCUCACCCCAAACAGCCACUCGUACAUUACAGGUUUCCUUCAGCUUUGCCGGGCCCGCGGGGUAACCGCGACCCUUGAUCUAUUUUUUCAAAGCUUCAACUUGUGCCGGGGGGGACAUACCAACUCCGAGGGGUUUGCAAACCUGCAGCAGCUUGCCCCUUGGAGGCUUUUUGAUGAUGUGCCUUCGUCUCACAAGGGGUGGAGGGACCGGUUCUGUUAUAUCAAGAUGGCAGAAAACCCGUUUCCGGGGGAACUGCGCAACCACUUCCGGCGGCAUCCGAAGGUGGGAAGUGCCGCUCUUCAGAAGGAGGGGAAGAAGAUUGCUGCUUUGCUGCCGGGGGCCACAAAGCACGUGUCAGUCAAGGACUCUACUCUCCCGGAAGAUUUGCUGGCCUUAGGCUUUCGGCGUUAUCGCUCUCUGGGUGAAAAAGACGAACAGUACCCCGUCCUCGAGAGAGCCCUCGGUAGCAUUGGAGGUGUAAGCAUGGAUGUCUCCAACUUCGCAGCCCUCAAGAAAAAGCUGGCCAAAGAGCCUAAGAGGAAGGAGGCGGGUAAGCAGAAACCCGUCAACGAGUUCUUCAGGAAGGAUGGGACCACUCAGGUUCCCGGGGGAGAGGGACCCUCAAAAGCUGUUGGUGCUGGUGCCGGCGCCGGGGGAGUUCAGGCGGAGCCCAAGAGAAAAAAUGCCGGGAAGGGCGUGAUGCCUCCGGAGAAGAAGAAAAAGAAGGGGGGCCCUGAGAAGAAGGACGCCCCCCUCGUCAUUGUCGAAGAGCACUCUUCCUCCUCCCCUUCGGGAAAUGUCCUCCCUCCCCCCGGGGGCCAAGAUAACAGCCUGGCCUGGCC